AUGUCCUCCCACAACCAACCCCGCCGCCCAGGCGACUGGUUCCGCGACGAACUCAACAAAAAGAAAAGCCAGCGCUCCUCAAACCCCUCUUCUUACUCCCACUUCAGUUCCCACUCCCAGCCUCCCACGAAUUUCGACAACUUCGACGACGCAUUCGACAAUGACUUCUUCGACGAUGACUUCGGCGACGAUUUCGGCGACGACUUCAGCAACGGCGAUGGUGACAUGCGUCACAACCCCGACGGUUCCACGACUAUGAGUUCUGGGAAUGUGCAUAUCACGCGCGACAGAGGAGGGAUGUCGAGGUUUAGUGGUGGUGGGAUGCCGAAGGGGUUUCGGCAGGCUUUUGGUGGGUUGCCGGGAGGGUUUGAUCGGAUGGGGGGAGGGGGGAUGUCAGGUUCUUUUGGUGGUGGUGGUGGUGGUGAGCGACAGGGUGGACAUCAUCGGUCUUCAGGUGGUGGAUAUCGUUCUGAUAGGGGAGAUGGUCCUUCGAGGGAGCGGUAUUCUCAAGGUGGUAGUAGUUUCGGAGGUAGCCAGCGAAGUAGCGGUAGUCAACGAAGUAGCCAUGGAAGUGGUAGUCGUCGAGGUGGUGGAGAUCGAGAGAGUAGCUCUGGAGGCAGCCAGCGAAGUAGUCGUGGUGGGGAUCGAGAGGGUAGAGGUGGAAGCGGAGGUGGUGGUGGUUAUAGUAAUAACCCCUACGAUAGAUAA